AUGUCGCCCAAAAGCCCCAGCGAGACGGCGGGAGACAGCGAGUCCCAGCCGGAACGCCGAACUUCUCUGCUUGUCGACCCAACGCUUGCCAGUGAAGAAGAUGCAGCCGUUCUGGCAAAGAUGGGAUACAAACAGGAACUUCGACGCAACUUCAGCAUGAUAGAAGUCUUUGGAAUCGCCUUUGCAAUCAUGGGUCUCCUGCCCUCUAUUGCCAGUACGCUGUCGUACUCGAUCCCCGCUGGUCCAGUCGGUCUUGUCUGGGGUUGGUUCCUUGCCUCGGCCUGUAUCUUCGUCGUUGGCCUUGCCAUGGCAGAUCUGGGAUCCAGUAUGCCCACCAGUGGCGGCCUCUACUAUUGGACUCACUACUAUGCCUCGCCGAAGUGGAGGAACCCUCUGAGCUUUCUCGUCGGCUACAGCAACACGCUCGGACUAGUGGGGGGGCUCUGUUCCAUCGAUUACGGUUUCUCGUUGAUGUUUCUGUCAAUCAUCGUCAUUUCUCGAGACGGCAACUGGUCUCCCAGCAACGGCGUCAUCUACGCCACCUUCCUUGCUACAGUUGCCUGCCACGGCCUGAUCGCGUCGACCAUGGCCCGCAUCAUGGGAAAGAUGCAAACCGUCUUUGUGGCGAUGAACUUUAUUCUAAUCUUCGCCACAAUCAUAGCUCUCCCAAUAGGGGCGAAUCACCGCAACAGCGCGUCUUAUAUCUUCACCCACGUCGAGAAUCUUACCACUUGGCCAACAGGAUGGGGUUUCAUGUUGGCCUGGUUGUCGCCUAUUUGGACCAUCGGCGGGUUCGAUUCGGCGGUCCAUAUCUCCGAGGAGGCUGCCAAUGCUACCCGAGCUGUCCCGUUUGGCAUCUUGUUCUCCAUCGGGUCAUGCUGGCUCUUUGGUUGGAUCUGCUGCAUUGUGAUCGCGGCGUGCAUGUCCCAGGACCUGGACCACCUUCUUUCAUCGCCCUUUGGUCAACCCAUGGCGCAGAUUUACUAUGACGCACUUGGCAAGAAUGGGGCCAUGGGGUUCAUGGCUCUCCUUAUGAUUGUUCAAUUCCUGAUGGGUAUUUCAAUCCUGGUGGCCGCCUCGCGUCAAUCGUGGGCGUUCUCGCGUGACGGAGCCUUGCCAUUUUCCAAAUUCUUCCGACCCAUCUCCAAGCGGUUUGGAUACAUUCCGCUUCGAACAACAAUCGGAUGCGCCGUUUUGGCAGCUGUGUUAGGACUACUGUGCUUGAUCGCUCCAGCUGCUGCCUCGGCCCUCUUUUCUCUGGCAGUAGCUGGCAACAACCUUGCGUGGGGGACUCCGAUCUUUUGCCGUCUUGUCUGGGGACAGAAGAAAUUCAGCCCGGGGCCGAUAUACACGGGCAAAAGAGCCUCGACUCCUAUUGCCUGGGCGGCGAUCGUGUUCCUCAUCUUUGGUAUCCUGCUGUCCAUGUUCCCAGUGGGUGGCCCCAACCCCGACGCUGAGAGCAUGAACUAUACAUGUGUCAUCAAUUCGGCAGUGUGGGGAGGUGCAUUGCUCUACUAUUUCAUCGACGCGCGAAAGUGGUUCCGGGGGCCACAGAUCACCCUCGAUCUAAACCAACUGACAGAGGAGCAAGCCGCGGCUUUGCGGGCGGAGGGACUAAAGGAAGAAGGCGCCAAUGGCACCGCUGUGCUCGGCAGCGGAGUCGAUGGCCGUGACAGUGUUGAACAGAAGUCGUAG